AUGAUAACCUGCAUCAUCAUCAUCAUCAUCAUCAUGAUCAUCAUCAUCAUCAACUGUUUUGCUUCAUUUUUGAUCUUUUUAUUUUCCAUUUUCCUUUCUUUCUUUGAUCUGAUUUUGCUUUUUCUUUUCAUUCAUUUUCUAAUUUUAUUCAUUUUCUAUCUUUCUUUCUUUCUUUCUUUCUUCUUUGUAUAUAUCUAUUUUUUUUUCUCUUUCUUUGAUAUUUUGACCGUUCUUUUUUCUUUCUUUCUUUCUUUCUUUCUUUCUUUCUUUCUUUUUUCUAUGUAUCUCAAAUUUUAUCUCAUCUGUUACCGCAUCCUUCUUUCUUCUGCUUCUCUUCUUUCUCCUUUCUUUCCUGAAAAGUUCAAACGUUUGUUGUUUGUUUGUUUGUUUGUUUCUGUCUUUCUUUCUUUCUUUCUUUCUUUCUUUCUUAGUGUCUGUUUCAUUCUGAACCAUAUAUCUUUCCUUUUUCCUGUUUCUUUUCAUUUCUUUCUUUCUUUCUUUCUUUCUUUCUUUCUUUCUUUCUUUCGUUACAACAGCUAUUACGAAUGCGCAUAUAUCUUUCCUUUUUCCUGUUUCUUUUCAUUUCUUUCUUUCUUUCUUUCUUUCUUUCUUACUUUCUUUCGUUACAACAGCUAUUACGAAUGCGCAUGCGUGUGCCUUCGAGGCUUACUCUUCUGUCAAUGCGAGUUUGUCUGCACAAUUUAUCUAUCUAUCUAUCUAUCUAUCUAUCUAUCUAUCUAUCUAUCUAUCUCAGUAUGUUUCUUUCUAUCUAUCCAUCCAUCUAUCUAUCUCAGUCUGUUUCUAUCUAUCCAUCCAUCUAUCUAUCUCAGUGUGUUUCUAUCUAUCUAUCUAUCUAUCUAUCUAUCUAUCUAUCUAUCUAUCUAUCUAUCUCAGUCUGUUUUUUUCUAUCUAUCUCAAUCUGUUUCUAUCUAUCUAUCUAUCUAUCUAUCUAUCUAUCUAUCUAUCUAUUUAUCUGAUCUAUCUAUUUUUCUAUCUAUCUCAAUCUAUCUAUCUAUCUAUCUCAGUUUUUCUAUUUAUCUCAGUCUGUUUCUUUCUAUCUAUCUCAGUCUGUUUCUAUCUAUCUAUCUUUCUAUCUAUCUAUCUAUCUAUCUAUCUAUCUAUCUAUCUAUCUAUCUAUCUAUCUCAGUCUGUUUCUUUCUAUCUAUCUCAAUCUGUUUCUAUCUAUCUAUCUAUCUAUCUAUCUAUCUAUCUAUCUAUCUAAGUCUGUUUAUCUAUUAG